CAAGCUGUGCACGCAGGCACCGAAGAAGAUCGGCGCCCUUCUAUGCUGGGAAUCUCACUUCAACCGCCAGCGGCCAGACACCGUUGCCGUUGCAGCAGCGCUCGCCAGUGGACGACCAGCGCGCUCCGCGCGACUCGUCGGUCGGCCGGGCCUCUCUGUUUCAUCACUGCCGUGGUCGUGCUCGUGCUCGCGAGCUGUCUCGCUGACUCGUUCUCUCACCUGCCUUCCCGCGUCGGCGUCGCCGGCCUCCUCGUAUCGUAUAAGAACCGACACGCCGCCUUCGCACUCGUCAUCGUCAACCCCUCCGCUUCGCCUCCCUCGCUCGCGCUCGCAUUCCCUCCCGCCUCCAGAUCUCGAUGCGGCGGGCGCUCCCCUGACACCUGACGAUCGAGGCGACGCCAGCCACGCCACCAUGUCCUCCUGCGACGACGACCACGCGUCGCUCCUCAGAUCCCAAGCCGGGUCCUCGUCCUCGCCGCGCGGGCCGGCGGGGCACCAGCAACAGCACCACGCCGACGUCGAGGCGGACGAGGCCACCGUCACCGCCUCCCCGAGGCUCGCCAGCGGCGGCGGCGGGGGCGUGCGCGGCCUCCUGCGCAACCUCGAACGCCGCAUGACCGCACGCGGAUCUGGGCCUGGCCGUCGCCAGCACCAGCAUUACCAGCAGCUCGAUCGCUCCGUGGCGAUCGAGUCGCCAUCCCCGACGCCGUCGCAGCGGCAGCGGGAGAGAGCGGCGGCGGGGGAUGACGACGAGCUCGGGGACCGGGCGCCGCCCGAGUGGGCGCUCCUGCUCAUCGGCUGCCUCCUCGGGCUCGCCACCGGCAUCUGCGUCGCAGCGUUUAACCGCGGGGUUCAUGUCAUCCAUGAAUGGGCAUGGGCAGGUACUCCGAACGAAGGAGCAGCAUGGCUCCGCCUGCAGAAGCUAGCUGAUACUUGGCACAGGAUACUGCUGAUCCCGGUGACUGGAGGUGUGGUUGUAGGAAUGAUGCAUGGGUUGCUCGAAAUAUUUGAGCAGCUAAAACUUGUGAAAUCAGGGCAGACGCAAGGAAUCAACUUUGUUGGAGCCAUCUUCCCAACCAUAAAGGCUGUCCAAGCUGCUGUUACCCUAGGGACUGGUUGUUCCCUGGGGCCUGAAGGUCCUAGUGUGGAUAUCGGCAAAUCAUGUGCAAAUGCAUGCUCAGAAAUGAUGGAGAGUAACCGGGAAAGGCGUAUUGCACUUGUUGCUGCUGGUGCUGCUGCUGGCAUUGCUUCAGGCUUCAAUGCAGCAGUUGCUGGGUGCUUCUUUGCCAUCGAAACUGUAUUGAGGCCCCUUAAAGCAGAAAAUUCACCUCCAUUUACGACUGCAAUGAUAAUAUUGGCAUCUGUUAUAUCAUCUACUGUUUCAAAUGUUUUACUUGGAGCAAGACCAGCUUUUAUAGUGCCAGCAUAUGAGCUAAAAUCUGCUGCCGAGCUACCCCUGUACCUUAUCUUAGGAAUGCUCUGUGGAGCAGUGAGUGUGGUAUUUGACGGAUUGGUAGGAUGGUUUUCAAGAUUCUUUGGACGCAUAAAGGAAAAGUUUGAUUUUCCUAUUAUAGUGUACCCUGCUUUGGGUGGGCUGGGAGCUGGUAUCAUAGCUCUGAAAUAUCCAGGGAUCUUAUACUGGGGUUUCACAAAUGUUGAAGAAAUACUGCAUACUGGGAAAAGUGCUUCUGCUCCUGGUAUCUGGUUGUUAACUCAACUAGCAGCUGCAAAGGUAGUUGCAACUGCCCUCUGCAAGGGCUCUGGCCUUGUGGGAGGGCUAUAUGCUCCAAGCCUGAUGAUUGGGGCUGCUGUGGGAGCUGUUUUUGGGGGUUCAGCUGCUUAUUUAAUAAAUUCAGCUUUACCUGGUAAUGCUGCUGUUGCACAGCCACAAGCUUAUGCUCUGGUCGGAAUGGCUGCUACACUAGCCUCAGUCUGUUCAGUCCCGUUGACUUCAGUACUGCUUCUCUUUGAGCUGACAAAGGAUUACAGGAUUUUGCUUCCUCUCAUGGGAGCAGUUGGUUUGGCAAUAUGGGUUCCUUCAGUAGUAAACCAGCCAAACGACACUGAGCCUUCUGGGUUUAAAACACCCAAACGAGGUUAUUCUUCAAUUUCAGCAGAAGACAGAAAUGGUAGCUCAAGGCAAGGUGAUGUUGUGGACGAUCUUGAGCUCAGUAUUAUACAAACUGACAUUAGUAACUAUGGAACUUAUAAUGAAGAAAUGCUUCUGGAUGAUUUGAAGGUCUCCCAGGCCAUGUCAAAGGUAUAUGUCAAAGUGUUACCAUCUGUUACAGUAACAGAAGCUCUUAAGCUAUUGCAUGAUAAACAGCAAAAUUGUGCCCUGGUUGUGGACCCUGAAGAUUUUCUUGAAGGAAUUAUUACAAUAGGGGAUAUACGGCGCAUGGGAUAUGGGUUACACAUGGAAAGUUUCAUCAAUGGAGAUCACCCCAAGUCUGAUGACAAUUCUUCCUCCAUUUCAUCAUGUCUUACUCGAGGAUUCCAGUACUGUGGGAGUGAACGUGGAUUGUUAACAUGCUUUCCAGAUACUGAUUUGACCACUGCAAAAAGUCUUAUGGAGGCCAGAGGGAUAAAACAACUGCCUGUAGUUAAGCGUGGUGUUGCCCAUAGAACUGCAGGAAAGCGCAAGCCGGUUGCCCUUCUGCAUUAUGAUUCUAUUGGUUGCUGCGUUCGGGAGGAAAUAGAGAACUGGAAGACCAUAUAUCAGAGACUGGCUUGUUAAUAAUAUGAUACUACUUGGAUGAUAUUAUUAUUCAUUUAAUUGCCGAGGGAGGAUAUUGUGAACUGAAGACCAUAUAUCAGUGAAAAGCAGGCUUUCGCCUUGUAGCAAAUGGGCACUGAAAAAUUACAGUGCCCUUAAUGACACCACAACAGUAAGCGAUACUACAGGACAUCUAUGCGAAAUGUGGCUACACUGAUGCAGGGAUCAUUCAGGCAGUUUAAUCUCUGUACUGUAUCAUUUAUAGAUUCCACUAUGAUCUUAUUGGACAGUGCAGUGGCAAGCCUGACAAAUUCUGCAGAGACUUCCCAUUACAGCCAGUUUCAUGUGGCAUCCCUGCUCGUACCACUUAUUUGUUCUUGUUACGACCUGGACUUGUACUUUACACGGGAUAGGAACGAAGUACAGACGUAGUGAAAGAAAGCGGUACUUUUUACCCUCGUACUGCUUGUAAAUUGUAAAGUGUAGCAUAUAUUACAGCAUGAUCUCACUUCUGUUGCUGUGAAGCAUAUUCGUCAGUGUGAUCACACAGCGAAUUUGUGCAGUAGAAUCGGUCAUGUCGAUGUUGUAAGUUGAAGAAUCACAUUGCUUGUACAAUUUGCCAGCAUGUUGUUUUAGCUCCUCUGAUGAGUAUCAUGUUGUACUCCUAGAAACUGUUGGCUGAUAAGCCAUGUUGUUUUAGCUCCUCCGAUGAGUAUUCCGUUGUACUCCUAGAAACUGUUGGCUAUGGCUGAAAAACCAUAGCAGAAAGUAUUGUUGGCUGAUUUGUUGUGAGAGAAAAACAUUACCGAAUAGCUGACA